UUAAAGCUUCUUCAAUCAAUUUUAGCGAUGAAAACGUGGUGCGUACUACUUUUGUUAAUUCAUCUUUACCAGGCGGUUGAAGUAACACCAUAUGCCGGUCAAGAUAAUGCAAUGAUAAUGGUAGAAUCUCCAGCAUUAAGCCAGCUAGUUAAUUAUGCAAGUACUCAUUCCAAUAAAAGUGUAUCAUUAGCAGAAACUGUUUCUGGUAUCGUGUACCCGACAUUAACGGGCUCACUUAGAGUUGGUAAUCGCGGACCAGUGCUUUUGAGUGACGCAUUUCUCAUUGAAAAGUUGCAAUUAUUUAAUCGUGAACGAAUUCCAGAGCGUGUGGUACACUCUAAGGGAGCAGGUGCUCGAGGUUACUUCCAGGUAACUAAUGACAUCAGCCAAUACACAAAGGCCGCUUUUCUACAACCAGGAAAGCGAACAAACGUCGCUGUACGAUUUUCAGGUGCGACUGGUGAAUUAGGUUCACCAGACACAUACUUCGAUCCCAGAGGAUUCGCAGUCAAAUUUUACACAGAAGAGGGAAAUCACGAUCUUACAGGCAUUAAUUAUCCAAUUUUUUUAAUGCGAGACGCAAUGAUUUUUCCGGAUAUUACUAGAGCUCGAAAAAGAAAUCCACAAACUCAUCUGCCUGACAUAACCGCUACGGUGGACUUGAUAUCUGAGCGACCAGAAAUGACUUUGUUUUUGUUAUUCUUUUUAUCCGAUAUGGCUAACCCGAAAUCGUAUCGAUGCAUGAAAGGAUUUGCCAUCCAUGCUUAUAAAAUGGUAAAUUGUAAGGGAGAAGCGGUUUAUGUUAAAUUCCAUUGGACACCUCACGAGAAAGAAGAGUUUUUCACUACUGAAGAAGCCAUUGCAAUGACCGCCAAGAACCCAAAUGUAUUGAUCCAAGAUCUUUUCGAUAAUAUUGCCAAGAAAAACUAUCCAAAAUGGACUUUGUCGAUUCAAGUGAUGACUUUCGAGCAGGCUGAAAGGCACUAUCAAAAUCCCUUUGAUUCAACAAAGUACUGGAAAAUCGAAGAUUACCCGCUAAUACGUGUGGGUGAAAUGACUUUGAAUCAGAAUCCAGAAAACCAUUUCGCUGAAGUUGAACAAAUUGCAUUCAGCCCAUCAAAUAUGGUAAGAGGAAUUGAACCAAGUCCCGAUCCAUUGCUACACGCAAGAAUGUUUGCAUAUCCCGAUUCCCAAUUACACAGGCUGGGGACUAAUUUUGCACAGAUUCCAAUCAACAGUUGUCCGUUUGCAAAGUCUUACCAUCGAGAUGGUCCCGUCAAUUCAGGCGCAAAUGGUGCCUCAGCUCCAAAUUAUUAUCCAAAUUCUUUUAACGGACUAAAGUCCAAUGAUAAUAAUAAGUCCUUCAAACAGUCCGUUUAUUUUGUUAGUGGUGACGUAGAUAGAAUAGACGACAAAGACGAUGACAAUUUCUCGUUACCUAAGUACCAUUGGGAAAAUCAUGUCGGCCCUGAGGAACGAAAGCGAAUUAUAGAGAACACUGUGGCUUUAUUGAGUCAUAGUGCUAGACACAUCCAGGCAAAGCUUCUUCGUAACGUUAUUUACAAAAUCAGUAAAGAACUUGGGGAUAAUGUGAAAAAGGCUUUAAAAUUGUAAAGUUUGCGAAAUAUUUAUGUCAAUAAAUUGUGUU